AUGGCUGACUCGCUUAACCAUCCAGUCGUCCAACUCCUCAGGUCUCUGAUCGACAUCGACAGCACGAGCGAGAAAGAACUCGAGAUCGGGAUCUUCCUUGAGAAGUAUCUGCUAGAUUUGGGAUACACUGUGGAACGCAUCGCCAUAGCCGCAGGCUCUUCUCGACACAAUGUCUACGCAUACCUGGGACAAGAGCGCAAAGCACGCGUCUUGCUCACGUCGCACAUGGAUACCGUGCCGCCCCACAUCCCAUUCAGUAUCGAGGACGAUGUGAUCCGCGGCCGCGGCGCCUGCGAUGAUCUUGGUCCUCUGGUCGCACAGAUAUUUGCGAUCGAGGAGUUGCGGGCAGAGGGCAAGCUUAAUGAGACAGGUGGGGAUAUCAGCUUCUUGUUCGUCGUAGGCGAGGAGAAAGGAGGUCCGGGCAUGAUUGCUGCCAACCUCAUGGGCCUGGAGUGGGAAGCUGGCAUCUUUGGCGAGCCGACGGAGGGCAAGCUCGCCAAGGGGCACAAGGGACACGUCGUUUUCGAAGUUGUUGCCAAAGGCAUUUCUUGCCACUCUGGCUACCCACAUCUCGGAAAGAGUGCAAUAGGGGCGCUACUGCAUGUCCUCAACGACCUCUCGGCUGUUGAGUGGCCAUCAUCAGACCUGCUAGGGCCCUCGACUCUGAACAUUGGAAAGAUAGAGGGUGGAGAAGGAUAUAAUAUUGUGGCGCCAUCUGCAAAAGCGCUUUGUGGUGUAAGGGUGGCCGCAAACUUGCCAUGGAUCACAAAGAAGAUUGCCGAUGUGGUCGCAGCACACUCCAGAUCAAGUGAUGUCCAGCUCAAUAUGCUUUUUCAAUAUCCCGAGACUCUUCUUGACUGGGACAUUGAGGGUUUCGAUGCAGCUCCAGUGGCAUAUGGCACCGAUGUUCCGAGGCUGAAAGGAUCCCAUAAAAAGGUGCUGUACGGCCCAGGAUCGAUUUUGGCAGCCCAUGGCAAAGACGAGUGCGUUCCUACGUUCCCGACGUCGACCUGCAGCACGUACCUGCAGACGUUGGUGUACUUUCCCAACUGCGUAGACGAGAGCAGCCUGGAAACCUCUUACCAGUCAUAA